GCAAACCUUGGCUACAACUUUCACUCUCUCAUUCGCUAUUGAGAAUUGUAGGUUGGAUCUCAUCGUUAACUGCUUCAAAGAUGAUUUUGAAAGCUAUAUACAAGUACAUUCUUUUGAUAUGUUUCCUUCUGUCAAGUUUUGAGGCUGCUUCUCUUGAAUUUUCGAGGAAAGGUGGAUCAGAAUCUGCUGUAAAGACAAUUAAGACUGUGUAUGGGGAUAUAUAUGAUUGUAUAGAUUUUUACAAGCAGCCAGCAUUCAAUCAUCCUGUCUUAAAAAAUCAUACUUACCACCCGCAGACGAAGCCUACUGCUAGGCCUAAACAGAUCCAAAACAGCAAUAUCUCUUUGAUGAUGAAUGAAAGACCAACUGACGUGUUCCUGUUAAAGGAUGGAGGCUGCCCUCCAGGGACAGUUCCCAUUAGAAGAGUCAAUGAAAAUGAUGACCUUUCACAAACCAAUGUGCUUCCACACCAGUCUGUGGAAGGAGUGAACCCCAAUCGUGGAACUGAAUACAUAUCUGGAACUGUUUAUGCACUUGGUCAAACAAAAAGCAAUCCUUCGAAGAGUUAUUAUGGAGUUGGUGGUGUUUUUAGUGUUUAUAACCCAAGAGCUCUACCAUCCCAGUACAGUUCAGCGGAAAUCAUUCUCAGGGGUGGUAGUGAUACCAUAAUUGCUGGGUGGACGGUUAAUCCAUCCAAGUACAAAGACAACCGGACAAGGUUCUUUAUAUAUGCAGUUGCAGGUGAUUUACGCUGUUUCAGUUCUGAAUGCGGGUUUGUCAUUGUCAGAUCAGAUAUCCCUAUAGACUUUGCCUUGCACCCAAUAUCAAAAAAGGGAGAAAAAGUUUACAUAAACAAGUUCUUUGUUUAUCAGGAGAAGCCUUCUGGAGAUUGGUGGCUUGAAGUGGGAGCUACACAUCCAGUUGCGCUAGGGUUUUGGCCACAGAGGAUCUUUCAAGGCCUGAAUGCGCCAGCAACUUAUGCUGCAUGUGGAGGAGAAAUAAGCUCAAUAGCAACUCUGCCACCUCCUGAAAUGGGAGCUGGUUCUUAUCCUGAAUUUGCUCCUGCUUUGCUGGUUAAUUCUUAUUGUAAAGAUUUUGUCGUGGUGGACGAAACCUAUACUGUUGUCGAUGUUGCUGAUUCUGAAACCUAUGGAAAUAACGGUAACUAUGGUGUUUAUGAUACUCAUAUGAGGAAUAAGCAGCAUGUAGUAACAUUUGGUGGUCCGUGAUUUUUUAGGUACAUUUUGAAAAGGAGAUUUAAUAUCUGGGAUUAUUUACUUGGUUAAGAUUGAUGAAAAGAAAGAUAUGAAUUUGAGCUGUUC